GUACGUCCCUGAGACAGUGCAGGCAGUGGGUCUCGGUGGAGGAAAAUAGCUAACCGCUUCCGUGUUGUUCUGUGCGGAUCAUAACAGCGAGCUAACUGCGGGAUUACGGGGACUAGCAGCGGGCUGGAGGAUGUGUUUAUAACCCGCGGAAGCAGGGAACUCACCGGUGAAGCCAACAUGUCGCAGACACAGGGGACAAAGAAACGAGACAAGCGGAUUUUAUCCGGUAUCUGCCCGGAUUCCAAAUGCCAGGCGAAGCUCUUCUUCCCUCCGUACGGAUCCAUUAGCAUCGAGUGCACCGAGUGUGGUCAGCGCCACGAGCAGAAGAACCUCCUGAACGUGGAGGAGGUGACCGACCCCGAUGUUGUGCUCCAUAAUCUGCUGAGAAACGCCUUACUCGGGGUUACUGGAGCUCCCAAGAAGGGCACGGAGCUGGUGAAAGUGAUGGGUCUGUCCAACUACCACUGCAAGCUGCUGUCACCCGUCCUCACCCGCUAUGGCAUGGACAAACAAACGGGGAAAGCCACCCUGCUGAGGGAGAUGAACCAGGGCGAGAUCUUUGACUGCUCUCUCCUGGGUGGAAGGGCCUUCCUGAUCGAGCAGGAGCAUGUAUCUACAGUAGGGUAUGGUAAGGACCGGUCUGGAAGCCUCAUAUACCUCCAUGAUACUCUGGAGGAGAUCAAAAAAGCCAAUAAUAACAAAGAAUGUCUCAUUCCUGUCCAUGUCGAUGGAGAUGGCCACUGUCUAGUCCAUGCAGUGUCUAGGGCACUAGUGGGUCGCGAACUCUUCUGGCAUGCACUUAGAGAAAACCUUAAACUCCACUUCAAGCAGAACCUGGACCGCUACAAAGCUCUUUUCCAGGACUUCAUCGACAAUGCAGAGUGGGAGGACAUCAUCAACGAGUGUGACCCUCUCUUCGUCCCUCCGGAAGGUGUCCCACUUGGCUUAAGGAACAUCCACAUAUUUGGUCUCGCCAAUGUCCUGCACCGUCCCAUAAUCCUUUUAGAUUCUCUGAGUGGUAUGAGAAGCUCAGGGGACUACUCAGCCACGUUCCUCCCAGGUUUGGUGCCUGAAGAGCAGUGUAGAGGAAAAGACGGCAUCUUAAACAAGCCCAUCUGCAUCGCUUGGAGCAGCUCAGGUAGGAAUCACUACCUGCCCUUGGUGGGUAUCAAGGGCAUGCCCCUGCCUCGACUGCCUCCCGCUCUGCUGCCCAAGGCGUGGGGCGUCCCGCAGGAGCUCAUCCGCAGGUACGUGAGUUUGGAACCCUGUGGAGGAUGCAUGAUCGGGGGAGACCGAGGCCUGCAAGAGAAGUACCUGCUGCGAUUGGUUGGUGCCAUGGAGGAUGUUUUCAUGGAGAAGCAUGGCAUCCACCCUGCUCUCGUGGCUGAUGUUCAUCAGUACGUUUACAGACGCACAGGGGUGAUAGGCAUUCAGCCUGAAGAAGUUACAGAGGCGGCAAAGAAGUCGGUGCAAGAGAAUCGUCUGCACUGCUGCCUUAUCUGUAAUGCACUGUCUGAACUCCACGUGCCACCUGAAUGGCUGGUGCCUGGUGGAAAGCUCUACAACCUGGCCAAGUCCACUCACGGCACGCUUAGAGGAGACAAGAACUACAGCUUUCCCCUAAACAAUUUGGUUUGUUCCUACUGCCCUGAGAGGGACACAUUGGUGCCUGACUACAAGCUCAGCUCCCUCUCAACCUGCACCUGGUGCCACGGAACCUCUGUGCGGCAUGUCCGUGGCGACGGAUCUGUGGUGUACCUGGAUGGGGACCGCACGACUACACGCUCUCAGGGUGGGAAGUGUGGAUGUGGUUUUAAGCAUUACUGGGAGGGAAAGGAGUAUGACAACCUUCCAGAGGCAUUUCCUAUCACGUUAGAGUGGGGCGGCCGUGUAGUCCGAGAGACUGUUUAUUGGUUCCAGUAUGAACCAGAUCCUUCUCUGAACAGCAACGUCUAUGAAGUUGCGAUGCGCCUAGUCACAAAGCACUUUCCUGGAGAAUUCGGCAGUGAGAUUCUGGUGCAGAAGGUGGUGAACACCAUCCUGCACCACACAGCCAAGAAGAACCCAGAUGAAUACCACCCAGUGGCUUUAGACGGUACUCACGUUCAGGGCCAGGGGCAAGCAGCAGCAGCAGCAGGAGGAGGAGGAGAGGUGCUGGAGUCGGACGCAAACCCCCCAACGAAGAUCAUCCUCACCGGUCAGAAGGGCCGUACUCUGCACAAGGAGGAGCUGGUCAUGAGCCGAGCUGAAAGGAGUCUGCAGCACAGCAUAAGUGAGCAGGCGGCUCUGUCCCAGCGCAGGCGCACCCAGCGCACACGCAUGCAGGACCAGAGUGGAGAGCCACGCCCCACCUCCCCUGCAUCAUCCUCUUCCUCUUCAGCUCCACCCACACCUACAAAGGUCCCCCCAGCUAGUGGGGAGAAGAAGAUCCGUGUGACUACGAGUGAUGGGCGCCAAGCCAUGCUACAGCUGCAGGCCCACACCACCUAUGCAGAUCUUCAAGCCGCUAUUGCCCAGGCCCUCAACCUGCAGCCCCACCAGCAGUGCAUCCGGCACGGCUUCCCCCCAAGGGAGCUUCCACCCCCACCCCCAGAGCAGCAGGACCUACCUGUGCCCCUGCAGCAUGGAGACCGCAUCACUGUGGAGGUGCUGAAAGAGAAAGCUCCGGAUACGUCCGUCGACUCCGAGACACACACAUCAGAUGCUCAUAAUCGCACCCUUACAGAACCCCGCUUCAGGAGGACCGCCAGCCGAGAGAUGCAGGACAACAUUGACCUGGAGAUGUCAUCAUUAUGUCUCCUGGCAACACUGAUGGGUGAAGAUGUGUGGUCCUAUGCUAAGAAGUUACCUCAUCUGUUUCAGCAGGGAGGAGUCUUCUACAACAUUGUCAAGAAAGACAUGGGUCUGCUGGACGGGAAGCACUGCACUCUGCCGCACCUGACCGGUAAGACGUUUGUGUUCAACGCAGCGGAGGAGCGCUUGGAGCUGUGUGUGGACGCUGCAGGACACUUCCCUGUGGGUCCUGAUGUGGAGGACCUCAUCCAGGAAGCCCUGUCCCAGCUCUGCAGUGAGACCUCUUCUCAUAGCCGCGAGGGAAGCCCCGCCCACAGCCUUAAACUGGGAAGUGGAGGGGUGGUCCGGAAGAAGGAACAGACCGUCACUGCCUUCCAGGGCAAAGGUCACUCUCUGGGAUCCACCCCUCUUGAGCACAGGCCAAUCAGGCGGCAGCACAGUAGCGGGGUGGACUUGAGCGGCAGCGCCCGCGGGGAGGGUCUAGCUUUAUCAGGGGAAGACCUUGUGCGUGUGGCUCCGGGCAUGCUCACCCUGCGUGAGGGACGCGGGGGGGUGGAGCUAGAGCCAUCGGCUGUUGAGGCUCAGAGGCGCCGCCUACAGGAGAUGGUGUCCAAUAUACAGGCCUCUAUGGACAAACACUUACGACAGCAGGCCGCAUCUGACGCCGCCACCACUGCCGCCGCCGCCGCCACCACCACAACCACAACCACUAAGAAUGAAGUGAAGGAGGAGGAACCAAACGAGCAAGAUGAGAUGGAGAGCCAGGGGGCGGAGCCUCCGAGCACCUCUGAGCCUAUGGAUCAGUCCUGAUGAAGUGUCGCCUGCAGUUUGUCACGUACAGCUUUCUGAUUUACGCAACACGUACACAUGGAUAGAAGUGUUGUUCACGCACACUGAAACACAUCUUCUUACUAAUCGAUAACAGUGUGCUAUGUGUGUGUGUGUGUGUGUGUGCGUGCGUGCGUGCGUGUGUGUGUGUGCUAAUUGCAUUCCUGAAAAAUUGUUCAGUCUUAAAGGCUUUGUUUGGAGUUAAGCAGAAGUUCUGGCAGAAAAUGUGUUUGUCGCAUUUAAUCAUACAUGCUUUACACAUACACAUGCUUCACACACCCAUGCUUCACACACAUACAUGCUUCAGUGCAGAGCACACUAAGCAAGCUUACAGAGUGUGUGUGUACGUACAACUUUUACCAAACUAGCUGCAUCUGAAGCCUCCUGUAGCAAUUUAUACGCAAAUCAAUAGGAAACGCAUCAGACAAACCUUCAUCUGAACUGGAGUCAUUGUAGUAUUUGGAUAAGUUUGACGAGUUUUUAUCUGAUCCAGAGCUAUAACUCGGAAGGUAAUCAGAACAGUACUGAUUAUUAAGAGGCUCUGUUUGUGUUUGGCUCGGUGAUAGUAAAUAUUCCUAAAGGUAGGAUUUGGCUUGAUGGUUUUGGCUUGAUGGUUAAACUUAGCACUUCCAAUGGAGAUCCUUGAUUUCCUCAUUUUGUUCUUUCAUGGCUGUGUUCUUUUUUUUUUAUUUGUGUGUUUGGAUAGGAUAUCAAAACUCAACAACUCUACAAACACAGUGAAAAUGCUACAAAUACUAGACAAAAGUCAUUAAUGUCUAAUGUCAUCAGCAGCCAGAGUCCGAGAAAGAGCGUAUAAUGGCCAUACCCUCCAACCUUAUCACUCCUAAAAUAUAAGUAAUUAUGUUCAGCACAGGCAUCUGUUAGCUGAUGUAUGAGAGCUGGGGAACUGGCUCCUUCCUCCAAACGCGACGACUGCUUUGUGAUGCUGCAUCUGCAGCAGCUCUAAAAGAGACGGAAUCUGACUACACACGUAUCAGAGGAGGCAUGUGCUAGUCUUCACCUUCCUAGUGAUGGGGGCAUUACUAGUAAUAGGGAGAGUGUAUAUGAACAAGGAUUGGGUUUCUAAAUUAGGAAAGAAAUGGGAUGAAUUUUUUUUUUUUAGGUGUUAAUUUGGGCUUUAAAAGCCAAUAGUCAUUUUGAAGAUUUUGCAGAUGAAGUUGAUUAGGUUUGAUUAUGUGGUUAGGAGAAUGCUGAUGUUUGUGCAAUACAGAGCUUUUUAAUUUGAUUAACAAUGUGAAGGAGCAGAUUUAAAGCUGUACUAACAGGCAAGUGUUUUUUCCAAGCUGGAUUCCUGACCUCUUAGUGUUCCUACUGUCUCAGAGUGGAACGGCCUUCUCUCCUGAUUGGUUAAUCUAAAUGAUAAGGCAGUUUCCGCCAGACAGGGAUGAAGCCUAGUCUUGGAGUGCAUGGCAUUUUGAAUGGAUAUUUUCCAUUUUCAUUGACUAGGCUUUAUCCCUGCUGGAAACUGACAAUCAAUUUUAGUUCUGUCUGUUAUCUCCCGGUUUAGGUUUAGGGUGUACGGUUGAUCUCAGUGUGGAUCUCCUAGGUCUGGAUUGGAGAUGCGAUGAAGUGAACAUAGCUUCAUUCUGAUUGGAGGUUCGAGUUGAGGGAGGUUUACAUACGUUUACAUUUGCCACUGGCAUGGCAGUCUUACACACAAACUGCUUUUGUCUCCAACACACACACACACCACAUACACCACAUACACACCCAUGCAGCCUUAACAGUCAUUAAGUUUUACCUAUAACCAAUGCUACACACUCUUAAACACACAUACACACACAUCCUGCCCGAACCCUUGUUUAGUUUUCUUUUUUUUUCCAUACAGAGUGAUCUCUCUGUGUCUUUGGGUGGAAAGAGGAGUGGACGAGGCUAAGGGGGAGGUGUCUUAAAAAUGGAAUUUUGUCUAGGUUUAGGUAUGACGAGCAUGAUGAUGGGCAAAAAAAAAAAAGAAAAGAAAACCUAUAUAGGAGGAUGUUAUUUUCCGCUCAAUGGCUUUGCACUGUCAGCACUCGGGACUGGGAAGAAUAGAGUAGAAUGAUUAUUAGUACUGCUAUUAAUAUUAGUAAUGAUUGAUUCAGAUGAAAUCUGAAUUUCAGACAGACAUGAUAAGUGCAGUGUGUUGCUCUCUGGCUGUUGGAGUGGUGGCCUGUAAGUUGUGUAUUAUAAUAGUAUAUAUUGUACUAUACUUUAUCCUGUACAUAUAUUCUGGUUGUUUUUUCUUUCGGUUUGUUCUUUCUCUGCCAAUAAACCAGUUUAAAGAGCCCACACAGCUGAAGUGUUUGCGGUUUGCAUGUGCAAUGAAUUUUCAGCAUAACAACCGAAUAAAGUUGAUGCCUCUCUGCAAA